AUGAAUCAUGAAUGGUGGCAAGGUUAUUUAGCUGGUGGAAAUGAGUCGGGAUAUGUUCCCGACGGUUACAUCAAGCUUAAAGCAAGACGUCGAGAUUCUGCUCCUAUUCAAAAUCAUCCUCCAUUAAGUAUUACUCCUGAUCCAUCUUCAUCAUUAAAUUCAAUUAAUUUAACAGCAACAUCUUCAAUUGAUCAACUUGAUGCUCCUAUGGUAUACCGUCCACCAUCGGAUUUAUCACUUGUUGAUGAACAUCGUCUUAAUAUAGCUAAAGAAACUGAAAUUGUUGAAGUUGAUUCUGAUAUUGAUGAUGAAGAUGAUGAAGAUGAAGAAGAAGAUGAAGAUGAUUCACAAGAAAAUACAUAUGAAAAUACAAGUAGUUCAAGUCAACCAAAACCACCACCUCAUCGUACAAUUUACGAUAUUUUACCACCUAGUCCACCGAUACCUCAAUCAACAAUUGAUCAUUGUCAAUCAAGAUCAUCGACAUCAUCCUCAUCACGUUUAACAUCAACAAAUGAACAACAAAUAAUUGAUAUUGAUACAGCAUUACGUGAAGUUUUAUCUGGUAUUCGUACAGUUGAAGAAUGUCAUGCUCAAUGUUUUCGUUCAAUACCACCAACAAAUAAUCAACAAGAUGAACGUUUAACAACACCACAAGAAACAGAUGCACCUGAUCUUGUACUUAAUUUACCUAUAUCAAGUGGAUUUAUUACACCACCAGCUACAAAAUCACUUGAUACAAAUCUAAAUGAAAAUCAAUUAUCAAAAUCUUCAUCAUCAUCAAAUAGUUCACCAAUUCAUCAAUCAAUUGAGAAUAAUAAUAAUAAUAAUAAUCAUAAUUCAUUAACUCAAUCAACAAUAGUAAAUGAUUCGACACGAACAUCACGUUCAAAUUCUUCAUCAACACCUACUGUACAUUUUAUUGAAAAACUUCGACCAUCACCUGAACCAACAAAUCGAAAAAAAAUUCCACCACCAAUUAUGAAAAAACCUGAAAAAACUGUUGAAUUACUUAAACGUCUUGGUUUACAACCAUCAACUGAAUCAUCAUGUAGUGUGACAAUUUCAUCAACAUCAACUUCAUCAUCAACAUCAUCUCAUUUACAUCAACAACCAAUACCAGCUGCUGGAUCAUCUAAAACAACCGAUGUUUAA